CGCGGCGCCCGACAAGACCCGCGCGCGUUCCAACUUCCGCUCGCCCGUGCGUUCUGCCCUGCCGGCCGCAGCGCGCGCGGGCUCACUGGUCGAGUACGAGUCGCGCUGGUGUCAAAUCAAAUCAAUCACCGGUCGCCUCCCGUCCGCAUCAGUCGAAAUCGCAUCGAACCAUCCUUCCCCGCCGCCUGCGUCGCGCGAGCCGUCGUCUGUCGCAGGUAGCUGCAGCUGUUGCGGUGUUGCCGGCCGCUGGCUGCCCUCUGCGCCUCGCCGUGCCGUGUGUGCACCGGUGGCCGGCCGCGCGCGGCGACGGCGAGGGAGAUGGCGUCGGCGGGCCGCUGGGCGUGGAUGGCGGAGGUGGCGGGCGAGGAGCUGGCGAAGCUGGAGGCGGCGCAUCCGGGCCGCUUCGGCCCGCUCAAGGCCGAGCUCCAGCGCCUCGUCGCCGACCCCGGCCUGGACGAGGCAGCAGCGUUCCCGCUCGUCUCACCGCGCGCCGACACCACCCCGGCCGCCUCCUCGUCCCAGCCUGCUGCUGCUGCUGCUGCUCCUUCGCGCACGGUGACCGUGUGCACUCAAGAGUCGUCGACCCGGAAGAGAAAGCCGCGCGGCAGCCGGGAGGAGGUGAAGCGGACACGGCGGCCGAGCACGCCGCCGGGAGGGACGAAGGACGGGGCCGACUUGGCCAUCGAGCGCGCCCACCGGUGCCUAGAGAGGAUCCGCGCCGUCAAGCAGAGCUUGCUUGCCGCUUGGAUUCACUGACGGGAUGCAGCAGCAGCCAGCAGGGGUGGAGAAACGAGAGCAGGAACAAGGAGAAACUAUAUGUCGAUGGAAAGGGGGGAAAAUCACCUUUUAAUCGAUCGAGAGUCUUUUUUGGGGGGUUAUUGGAAAGUGAGAAUCGUUUUGUUCAUGAUGAAGAAAAGGUUGGUUCUUCAAGAUUACAGAGCCCUAGUAUGUAAGUA